AUGGGGGCUAUAGAAAAGGGAGAAGAAGAAGAACAGGAGAACACAAAUUCAGAGGAUGGGGACCUAGGGAAUCAUGUUAUAAGGUUUCCAUUGGAACCAGGAGACUCUAUGAUUGAUCAUAACAUUUAUAUGAUGGCCUUAAUUAUGGUUGGAAAGUUCAUGGGUUUCAAACCUAAUAUUGAAGUGGUUAGGGCUUUUGUGAGAAAAAAGUGGAAGCUUAAGGGCCAGGUUGAAGUUUCGGCUAUGUCGAAAGAAUUCUUCUCUUUUUCUUUUUCUUGUGAAAAAUACAUUGCGACCAUUUUAUGUGGAGGGCCUUGGGUUAUCGAUAAACCUUUCAUGGCUCUAAAAAAAUGGACCCCUAAUUUGGAUCUUUCAAGCACCCAUUUUGAGGUUGUACUGGUUUGGUUGUGGCUUCCUGGGUUACCACUGAAAUACUAUAAUGGGGAUAUUUUUAGGGGUAUUUUGAGCUCUUUUGGUGAGCUCUUAUUUAUUGAUGCCAUGAUGGCAGCUAGGAAGAUGAUGGCGUUUCCAAGGAUUUGUGUUGGAAUAGUCCAAGCUACUAAUUUGCCUUCCUCCAUUGAUAUAGUUUCUAAGCUUGGAAAAUAG